CAGCAAGUGGAGCUGUGGGUACAGCUGCUGCCGGAGCCGCUGGGGGUGGAUUGCUAGUGGAUCUGGCGGCGUUGGUGGCGGACAGCGACCCAUGGGUCAUCUCCGCGCCCAGUGGCGCCGCCGUGGAGCCCGAGGCGGGCAGUGAGGGGCGCUACUGGGCGGAUCAGCUGCGGGCGUAUUGCAAGGUCCUGGUGCCGCGCUUCGCCGCACUGCUUCCCGAGGGGGAGGUCGCCGCCGCCGCCAUCAACGCAGCCACAACCACCAACGCACACGCCUCCACGGGUGCCCCCACAUCCACAGCAGCAACUGCGCCGCCUGCGGCUCGCACCUCCGGCGGCGGCAUCAGCAGCAGGUACGGCCUGCCGCCCUCCGCCGCUGCCACCGCAGCCGCACCCAAGGCAGAUGCGGCCAGCAGCAGCGGUGGCAGCCGCGGCAGCUGCUUAGGUCCGCAACAGCAGCCCCUUUCUUUAGGCGAUCUGCUGCGGGCCCUGCUGCUGCGGCCUGGGCAGAGCUCCCUGGAGGCUGACUGCAACGGUAUGGACGUCUUGUUGGGCGGCGGAGCUGCAUGGGCGGAGGAAGGAAGGGCGACGGGGGUGUCGCGUGCGUUGAGGUUGACGGCGGCGCAGCGACUGUCUGCUGCGUUCCGGUGCUACAAGCAGAUGGUGCUGUGGGAUGUGUUGUUGGGGGGCAACGUGAGUGGCGAGGAGCUCAGUGUGUUCGUGCGGCGAAGCGAGGAGGGCUUCUAGGAGAGGAGGAUGGAGGAAGUGUUUAUUGACGAAUUUUGUUUUGGGGUCGGGUUAAGCGACAUAAGGAUGGGGUAGGAGAACAGAAUGCGGCGGGCGCUGCAAUCCAACCAAUUAUGACAGUGACUGCAGGUGCAAGUGGUUGGAGGGCGGGCAAGGAGACUGCAGGAGCACACACCUGGAGGACGAUUGCAAGGCGGGUCAACUUUGGUUAACUGCACCUGGUGUUUUGGCGAUCGCUAUUGACCUUUGUACGUGUAAGUGAUGUCGGCAAUGAUUAAUGCGCAAUGCAAAGUAGCGGGGUAAGGCGCGAAAAUGCGGUAUUGCGGUUCUUGUUGGCGUGGGUUUCGGGGUGGCUUCGGAGAUGCACGAUACCGCGAAGUUGGAGACAUGGAUGCAUUAGCGUUUUGAAAGGUUCGGUUAAGGGCAGUGUUCCUUAUUAGGCUUGCUGGAAACCAGGCCCCAUAGUUCGUGACUGGGUAAGCGGUCUAAAGAUGAGCAAGCCGAUUGGAAGGUUUCCGCGCAGAUCAAACCUGCCAGACCCAUUUGCUCAUUGUCCAAAUAACGAGUAUGCUGCUAGUACUCGGAACGUAAAAAACCUGGCGGACCCAGAUUACUGGGCGGCCGUUUGCCCGGAGUUGCACGUUGGCGGCAGCCUGAGGGUUCCUAAACCCCUAAAAAGGCCAGAGGAAUCUAUUGCAGAUGCUAGACAACAGAUAAAUGACGAGGGAGUUUUCCAGGUGGUACCAGAACAUAUGUUUUGGACGGUGGACGUGCACCUGCUCGCGCGCAACAUGGCGCUGCUCAUGCAGCACGGCUGGCCCGCCACCUUCCUGCUCAUGUUUGACGAGGUGUGGGCGCUGAUCCAACGCGCCAGCUCCCUCAUCGCCGCCACCACCGGAAACGCCUGCAACAUGGACAUCCUGUGCUGGUGGGUCGACCCCAACCGCGGGGCCGCCGGCUUCUCCCCGCACCGGGACCGGCAGCCCGACGACUCGCCCGCCACAUUCCGCGCUACCGACGGCUCCGCCAUGUACUCCACCUGCUGGGUGCCGCUCACGGACGCAUGCCCCGAGAACAGCUGCCUCUACGUGGUUCCACGUUGGGCGGACCCGGGCUACUUCCAGGGCGACGACGACGCCGGCCCCGACCCGCUGACGGUGGCGCUGUCCCGCAAGGAGGACUUCCAGACCAUCCGGGCACUGCCGGCGGAGGCGGGCUCGGCGCUGGUGUUCACCCACCGCAUCAUCCACUGGGGCAGCCGCGGCCGCAAGGGCUACCACACGCCGCGCCUCUCGGUGUCAUGGGGCUGCGCGGACGACGCGUACGAACCGUCGUACUUUAGCCGCGAGCACCUGCCGUACCCGCCCAUGGAGCUGCGAGCCGCGCUUGCAUGCGGGCAGAUGAUCGCCUACCACGAGCGGUUCGAUAUGACGCGGCGUCAGCUGUCGUUGUACUACAAGUUCUUCACGGCACAUGCAUCCGAGUUCCAUGUGUCGUACAAGGACAAGGUGGCUUCGGAGUUUGUGGCGGCGACGAAGGAGCUGGUGGAGAAGGGGGGGCCGCGGGGAGGGGUGGCGUCGGCGGAAGAAGGGAAGGACGGCGGGGCGGAGGCGGGAGCGGCAGCUGCGGAGGCGGUGAGUGGCGACGGGAAGAAGGCCAAGAAGAGCAAGAAGGACAAGGGCGCGGCAGCCGCGGAGGCUGAGCAGCAGCAGCAAACGGAGGAGGCGGCGGCCGCAGUUUCUGAACGGGCGGUCAAGGAGGAGAAGAAGAGCAAGAAGAGCAAGAAGGACAAGGGCGCAGCAGCCGCGGAGGCCGAGCAGCAGCAAACGGAGGAGGAGGCGGCCGCAGUUUCUGAACGGGCGGGCAAGGAGGGGAAGAAGGGCAAGAAGGAGAAGAAGGACAAGGGCGUACCAGCAGCGGAGGCUGAGCAGGAGCAAACGGAGGAGGCGGCGGCCGCAGUUUCUGAACGGGCGGUCAAGGAGGGGAAGAAGAGCAAGAAGGAGAAGAAGGACAAGAAGCGCCGCGCCUCAGAUGCCACGGCUGGCGCUGCUGAGCAGGAGGAUUGCGAGGCGGACGAGGCGAAGAAGAAGAAGAAGAAGGGUAAGGUGGCCAAGGAGGAGGAGGAGGAGGAGGAGGACGAGGGUCCGGGUUGGGAGGGCCUGCUUGUGGGCAGCGGGUGCGGUGGCGACUCGGAGGAUGAGGUGAUGGAGGACGCGUUGGACGCCAUGCUAGAUGCGGAGCUGGCGGGGCGGGGGGAGGCGCUGCAGGAUGACUAUGAGGACGAGUGAGGAGGAGGAGGAGGAGCUGGGAGGUUGGCGGGCGGUUCACGGUUGCCGUGAAAUAGAAGUGCAGCAACUGGAGUCCCAUUCCCAUAUCCCGACGCAUGAAGGGGGCGGAAAAGUGCAGCAUGGCUUGGGCGUGUGUAGUGCCGUGGCUGUUGAUGGUCUUCGUUGACUAUGGGGUUGUCAUGUGACCGGGAGGUUGUGCCGUUGCUAGGGAAGUAAGCUAGCUUGAAGCAUGUGUAGGAUGUGGCGACAGCAAACCAAGUAAGAGCUGAAUGCAGUUCAGCCUGAAGAAUGAUGUAUUUUCUUUCAUGUCGUGUGUUCUUCGCUCAGUGGGUCCAUCGCAUGCCUGGCAUUUACCGGGGGUCCGGGGCCUGGCAAUAGGCGGCAUAGCUGUGCCGUACUCGCAUGACACAUAGCCGUACGCACGCAGAGCAGUCUCUGGUGUACCAUGCAACUCUCUGUAAGAAGAAGCGCUGGUGUACCAAUUGAAAGUACCCUUAAAGUUGCAUAACGGGCGACACAGCGUCUGACAAACGGCUUAGCAUAGUUGCAAGCACAGUCUACUGUCAAACAAGACACGUUUGCUGUAAAGAACCUUUAAGACUUGUGAAAAACGUUUCGAAAUGGUUGGCGGACUGCGCAUAAAGCUUGCAAGAUGGGGAAUCCGCGGUCGGCCAUUUUAUGUAAUGUCUAUAAUGGAGCGGCGGCAAGCCCGGAACUCGGGUGUGCGGAGAGAAGACGUCGGCUGGUGGGAUCCCAACCCAGCUGCUGACGGCAACAUGCACUUGGGCCUGAAGAUGGAGCGAAUCAAGUACUGGCUUUCACUGGGCGCCACUCCCACGGACAAGGUGGCGGAGCUGCUGGGGUUUGCUGGUGUCCUGCCAAAGGUUCCUAAAGCCCCCACAUACACCCCCCGGGACCCGAAGGAGGACACGAAGUGGAGGCCGGGCGAAAAGUAACUAGGAUGCUGCGGAGCAUACUCCUAGUGGGUAUCACUGGUGUGCACGGGGGCCCUCACGGAGCAGCUUGCGGGUGGUCUUGUAGGAGCCUCCGGCAGAGGCCAGCAGCGGUUGUUAACCCCCUCCCCCCAAUCCCACCUAGCAUAUCCCUAUUAGUAAAGGCUUGAUGUCGCCUAGCCGGAUAGUUGCGGCGGACGGACGCAAUGUCUUGCAGAGCUGCAGCGGCGCUGGACGAACUCAUGCUUGAAGGCGGCGGGAGUGGCGGUAUCUGAUCCGUCCAGGCGCAUGCGUAACUGAUGCAAUGGCAGCGCGAAGUAUGUUGCUGCUGGAAACUGGCUUGUCGGGUGCUUAGGACUGUGGGUUUCGUUAACUGGUCCCACCACGCAGCGGUGUGGAGGGGCGCGGAGUAUAGGAACGCAAGCACUGCAGUUGUUUGACUGGCUCUUCUAGCGGCGUGCAUGGGUGGUCUGGGGCUGGAUGUGCCUUGGUCGAGCUUAAGCGAGGUUAAUGGUUUCGGGGCGGGUUGUUGUUAUACCCGUGAGAAGGAGAUGGCGCUAAACGUAGCGUCGCAAGGGCGUCUGGGUUGAGUUAAACUUGCGGGGGCUCUCAUGGUGGCGCUACAAUGGCACUUGGGAGGUGUUGGGAGGGUGGUGUGAAAGUGGUGUCAGCUUCUGUGGACAUCGCACCCCAAGGCUGCAUGGGAGCGUGCGUUAGGUAGCGUUAGGUGGUGAGUUCAGAAGCCGAGAGUAGCUUAAAAGGGCGUCAAACCGCCACUUGGCGAGCUCGAGAGCCGUACAGGGGUUUUCGGCACCGCUCCUUGCUUAAUGUGGCGCAUGCCAAUACUUGGAUAAGAAGGUGUUAUCCUCCUGUCCCUGUAUACAAUAGCAUGGCAACAAACGUGGAAUGGCUUGCAAGGGAUUUUAGGAAUUGGAUGUACGGACGAGCACUAUACGUCGAAGGAGAGCAGCUACACGUCCAGUAGAUAGAUUAUUUUCACUUACGAUGCAAAAAAUGUCAAACCAACAGCAAAAUGGGCCUUAACUCGCUUCACAUAGCCUGCGCAGACCUACUUAUUUACUGCAGCAAGCGUAGGUUGCCGUUAUCUUGAAAAUACCUUAGAGGUAUAGCAUAAUAAUGCGUAGACAUGGUCUACAAGCGCCGCUGGACCCGCACCAGUUGGCUUCGUGGGUUGUGUUCUUCACCCUUGUUUCGGGAGUCUACGCUUUCUAUGUGCCAAUUGUGGAGGACGCGGGGGCUCGCUGGCUCCUCGUGGCGCUCUAUUCAGUCCUUGUGCUGGCAGUUACUUCUCUUAACUUAUAUACCAGCUGCCUCGACCCCUCAGACCCGGGGUUGAAAGGGGCGACGGACGGCGAAUUCUUUUGUAGCCUAUGCCAGGCGAGCGUUGCCAGGAGCAGCAAGCACUGCCGUGCUUGUGAUCGCUGCGUUGAGGGGUUUGACCACCACUGCAAAUGGCUUAAUAACUGCGUUGGCGCUCGUAACUACUGGUACUUCUUUGGCUUAAUAAGCAGCACAGUCAGCAUGCUGGUGCUGCAGCUGGCGUGGGGGCUGUGGCUCUUCAUACGCAGCUUCCGGGACAGCGACGCAAUGCGGCUGAUCGUCGCCGACAAGUACGGCAGCAGCGUCGUAUACGGUGGCUGGCAGGCGUCCCUGGCUAUCUACAUGGCGCUGCUGGUAACUGCGGUGGUCAUGCUGGGAGAGCUAUUCUUCUUCCAUGUGGUGCUCAUCUCCAAGGGAAUGACCACCUAUGACUACAUCGUGGCUCAGCGGGACGCCAAGCUGGCUGCACCCCCCGUCCGCACCGGCCUCAAAGCCUGCCGCUCUAGCAAAGUAGCGGACACUGCAACCGCCAAGCGGAAGGUCAGGGUGGGCAUCAACCCCUGCGCAGCCAUCACCACUUCCAAACCAAGAGGCAGUCCCGCGCAAUGGGACGCGGCACAGGCCAAACUCGCACCUGAGGGAGCGCCACCCGUUACCAUGGCUGUCACGGCAACUGCCGCGGGCGCAGCGCCGCUGCCAGCGCCGCCUGGCGUCGACAAGCUGGGCCUGGAGGCUGCAUGCGGGGAGUCGCUGGGAGCCAAUGACGGGAUCGGGAUUGCGGUUCCGGAGAAGGGAGUGGCCACCUCCAGCAUGCAGGACCUGGUGGCGCGAGCCGUGGCGGAGCAGACGCUGCAGGACCCCGGCAGCUUGAUCGUGCGAGGGGCGGCUGCGCUGGACCCCACACCUGCAUCGCCGGGGCCCGGCAGUGUUGGCCCCAAGGGUUGCGUGCCCGAGUGUGGCGCCGCAGCCGCGACUGAAGGCGGAAGCGGCGUGGGGCAAGGCGUUGUUGCAGGUGCACCGAACUUUACCCCGUUGGUACCUGGGGCGGCUGGUGGUGUUGUUGCCGCUGCUGCAGGGCCGGGGUCGUUACCAGAGUUGCGAGGUUCGCCGCCCUGGCCGGCGGGGCACAAACUGGAACAGGGCGCAGCGUACCAGGCAGCAGGGACACCGCGAGAAGCGCUGGGCGGCGGCGGUGGCGGCGGCGGGCCUGGCAGCGGCGCUGCUUCUGCGCGAGGAGACGCCUUUGACGCCGCAGCAGCUCCAGCGGGGAGGCAUUUAGGGGGGCAUGCGGCAUCACCGGCUGCUCCGCCGUCGGGUCUGAGUCCAGGGACGUUGCCGGCACAUGGUGCAGCGCGGCCUGGGACUCUUCCGCCCCUACGCGUGGCAACGCCGUUGUUGGGGUCUCCGGCGCCGGGGUUAGGGCAGCGCGGCAGUCUGAUGUUUCCAGGGAAGAUCCCGCCAGGUGGGGAAAGCGGAGCACGGAGAGAGUUGUUUGCUGCCCCCGAGUAGGAGUGUUAGUGGGUGGAAAACGGGCAUUGCGCAGGCGCAAAGGCAUGUUCCAUGAUGCUCUAUUGUUAUGUUGCGCAUUGUACAGCUAUGGGUGCUGGUUACUUUAUUAAACGUGAGCUUGGUGACCUCGAAGAGGCCUUGGGUGAUUCGGACUCAUACCGUCAUACGUGAACCAACGGAGUGUUUGGCGAGACUCUAUGCCACCGGAAUGCAAUCAUAUUGCUUGGAUUUGGAGAUAAUUAGGUCCAUGAGCUAGCUUUGACCAUCAGGUAGAAGGAAAGACAGACCGCGCAUCUCGACGGUUGGGCAAUAGCCCUUAACCGAUUCCACGACUCUUCUCCCUUGCGGCUCUCCACUGCGUUGGUAUGUGGCUGCUGCUCAAGGGGCAUUGCGAUAGAUGCUUACGACGUUUAGGUAGAGCUUGUUGCUAAUUGCUUAAGGCUAGGCGCGGUUCGCGUGCGAAGAUGCAAUAAGCCAUCGCUGGCGGACAUUGUUGUCAUUUGCGCCACAGUUCUUUUAUAUUAUCUCUUUAGGCAGCGCUGCAAAUGGGUGGCUUUGGUGCCCCUGACCGUGGAGGCAGUAGGGAGGGCAAGAAGUCCCUACGUGGUAACAAGCAGGCGAUCCAGAAGCUUAUCAAGGAUGAACAGAAAGGCCACGUCCGCACUGGGCCACGCCCGACAAUUUCGGAACAGCCCCCGCCAGCAUUACCACCAUCGGUAGACGGUCCCGCGCUUGUCGACGUGGCAGCGCAACUCGCGAGCCGACAGUUCGAUCGCGACCAAUUUAAGGUGCUUCAACGCGCCGCCAGCAGCGGUGUGGGCCCCAUCAUAACCUACACCACCGACGACUCCAAGCUGGAGGCGCUGGUGCGCACCGCCAAGGAGAACGGCGGGCAGGUGUACUGCAUGGUGGGGGUGCACUCCGACAACAUCAAGCGCGCGAACGACAGGCUGUCCCCGGCCCGUUUGGAUCAGCUGCGCGACCUGGCGCUGGAGCCGGGCUGCGUGGCGGUGCUGGCGGGGCUGGCGUUCCGCGAGGUGGGCAUCCGGUUCGCGCAGGAGCGGGCGCUGGCGGAGCAGAUGGAGCUGGCUGCGGGAGUGGGACUGCCGCUGGUGCUGUAUGAGGUUCGUGCCGCGGAGGUGCUGGUGGAGCGCAUCGGCGAGUUCCGGAGCAGUGGCGCGGGGGAGGGGCGCGCCGCCACCACCCGCAUCGCCAUCUUCAACUUUGGUGGGAGCGAGGAGGAGCUGCGGACCUACCUGGAGCUGGACUGCUACAUCGUGCUGACGGGUCGUGUAUGCGACGCCUCAGAGGCCGCAGAGCGCCUUCGCUCCCUGGCCGCCUCCAUCCCGCCCGACCGCCUGCUCCUCGCAUCCGACUCGCCCUUCGCCACGCCGCAAAACAUCCCCGACGUGUUUGUACGGGAAGGCCGUAACGAGCCAUCCAACCUGCCAUACGUCCUAGAGGCGCUGGCGGAAGCCAUGGGGCUGCCGGCGGCGGAGCUAGCUGCGACGACGCGUCGGAACGCGAUGACGUUCUUCGGGAUACGGGAAGCGGCGGAGGCGGCGGCAGAUGCGGCGGCUGCCGCCGCCGCCGCUGCCGCGGCGGCGGAGGCGGGGCCUGCUUCUGUAGCGGUGGCGGGAGGCGGUGCUGCGGCGGCGGCGGUGCCGGCGGGGACGAGCGGAGGGAAGGGAAGCAAGUCGGCGGCAGUGCAGCAGGAACAGCCUAAAGCAGGAGGUGGGGCAGGGUCGAAGGGCAAGGCUGCAGCCGAGAAGGGAACCCGGCGAGGAGGCAAGCAAGGGCAGGAGAAGGAAUCAUCAGCAGAAGAGGAAGAGGAGGCCGAAGACGCAGAAGCUGAAGGCGAGGGCGAGGAAGAUGAAGAGGAACAGGUGCAGCCGCAGGCUCAAGGACGCGGGCGUAACCGCCGUGGCGCCAAGGGUGCUGGGCGAACUGCCAACCUCUUCUCUCUCAUGCAGCUGCAAGACGAGGAGGAGGACGAGGAGGGCGACAAAGCAGCGCGGGGCGCACAACAACGAAGAGGCAGCACAGGGCGCGCAAAGGCCUCCGCUUCAUCAAACCACGACAAUGAUGAGGAGGAUGAGGACGCUGACGAGGAUGAGGGCACCGCAAACGCCGCCCGUGCCGCCACGGGCGCAGCAGCUUCCUGCACCUCAACCCCGCAACGCCGCGGCAACGCAGCUCGCAGCCCCGCGGCUGCCCCCGCGGGUCCUACCGCCUCCCGCGGUACCCCGCAUGCUGACGCCGCCGCCGGCCCAGACGCCGCGGCAGGACCCGACCCUAGCAGCACCAGCAGCACCUCCCGGCCUCCUCGGGGCGGCAAGCCCGCGCCUAGGAACUUCGUGGCGGAAUAUGCGGCUGCGGCUGCGGCCAAGGGGCCGGCUGCGGGUCCGCGUGUGAGCUACGCGUGCCGCGGAUGCCGGUCGGUGUUGUUCUCGGAGGCUGACACGGAGGCACAUUGGGGCGAGGAGCGGGCGCUGUUCGCAGCCGCUAAGCCUCGUAAGAAGGGCGGUCGCGGCAAGCACGCCAACGACUCGGAGGGGGCGCUGUGCAGCAUGCACUUCCUGCGCCGCCCGCUACCCUGGAUGGAGACGUGUCUGCACGCGGAGGGCCCCCGGACUGGUGAGGGCAAGCUUGUGUGCCCCACCUGCUCAGCCAAGCUGGGCAAGUGGGCGGAGGGCGGCGCGGGUAGCGGCGGAGGCGGCGUGCAGUGCUCGUGCGGUGUGGUGGUGGGCGCGCCGGCGUAUGCGGUGCUCAAGGCGCGACUGGACAUCCUAGACUCGCAGUUGGACAUCGCGUCCGCAGUGCAGAGCACGCUGCGUGCCUAUGAGGAGGAGGAGGGCGCCUCCAGCGACAGCAGCAGCAGCGGCGGCGAGGGCGGCCGCACACGCAAGAAGCGGCAGAAGCAGCGCCGCGACAAGACCGCCAACUUCAGCUCCUUCCGGAAUAAGAACUUUGGGUUCAGUCUGAAGCAGCAGAAGCAGCUGGCGGAGACGGUGGCGGCUUCUGGGACUGCUGGGGGAGAGGGAGGCGGUGGUGGUGCAGGGGGCAUGGAGGCGGUGCGUGAGGACUCAGAGUGAGGAGGGUGGGUGCGGCAGCUGCCUGGGCCGUACCGGUAUGCCACACAUGCUGGACUGGUGCGACUGUGGAGGUGUAGCGGUUGGGUUUACGGCGCAGUGGAGGGGUUUACCGGGGGCUAAGACGACUGUACUAUGUGCUGAGGGCGGGUGCAAGAGUGGUAUUGCGGGCAUUGCACGUUACGAGACUCAUCAGCUGGGGUGGAGAUCAAGGUCUUGCGGGGCUGAUGACCUGGACGGGUCGAAGUUGCUUGUUGAACACUAAGGGAUGACGCUGCUUAGUCAUGGGACUUAAUAUUAGAGCAAGGCAGGCGCUGGUGAGUUGUCGUGCCCCCAUCCGUUUCUGGAGGGACUUCGGGGCACAACGUGGCCGGUAACGGUAAGGGUAUGGACCCACUCCUGCCACAUGCUGUCAACCCUCGACGGACGGCAUUCCAGGGGAUAAGAUGGAGUUUGGGGGUUUUCAGCCAGCCUGUGACACACACAUCUUCGGGAAAGACUAGAUUCGCCACUUUGCCGCCAUGGCAGUAAACGGUAAACGGCGACGGUUGCCCUCCGCCGGAGAUAAGAGAUACACGCGCUGCCCUUAGGGCAUUACGACACAAACUGCACUGUUUUGGCCUGAUGAAAUAACCUCGUGUGGAUAUCAGUAUGUCGUUGCUUGCAGUGAUUUGGGACAUCCAUGGAGUAGGCGACGGGCUAGAAUUAGUAGAGCAAAAGGAGCAGGCAAUUUAAGAUAAUUCAAGGAAACGGUCGGACUAGCUCUGUUAACCUCCUGUGCUCUGUCGAUUGCGUGCAUGUGAUUUCCCAGCUGUACGAAUUCAUUGGCGCGUACAUGUCCCUAGCCAAAGCUCGAGGCAGCUAUCCUUGUUUUCACUUUUUCCUAUCUGUAUAACGUCGUCUAUGCGACAUGACGCCCGAAGACUAUGACCGAAUGCAAUCCAUUGUCAGUCUACCCUUCGGAGCUUGUCCUUCGGUUGCAGCUCUGCGCCAACAUUUCCCGACGGUCAAGCCGGAGACAUGGUUAGCGAUGUAUGGUCAGGAGCAGCAGUACAAAGUUAUUCGGAGCCAUCACCUACAUAAGGCGAACGUCUUUCACUACCUAGCAAGAUACGCGGCUGGGGAGGACAUCCUGCAGCUCUGCGCUGACGUGGACUUCCCGCCCUGCAUGCUUCUGCGCCGCAUGCUCGAGAAGAUCAUCGACGCACCCAAGCAGGCGGUGGGCGAGGUGUUGCGGCAGCCCUCCCGGCUGGACUGCGCGCUGUGUCCCGACCUGCCGCCCGACCUGCUGGCGCGGCUGCGGGCUGACGUGGUGCGCUGCGUGCACUCGGACUGCUGCUACUCGCCGCUCAGCGACGUGGCCAAGCAGGUGACGGGUCUGGAGUACGAGCUGUACCUACAGCAGCGGCUGACGGCGGCGGGGCUGCCCUUCUGGAGCGAGGGGGAGCUACGGCAGCUGGGGUUCCACAAGACACCCGACUGCAAGCUCAAGGUUCCUGUGGCGGUGCGCACCCGCUCCGGCAGCGAGCACCUGGUGUGCUGGGUGGACAGCAAGGCCACCUUCGGGGACCACCGCACGCACAUCAAGCAGGUGGAGGAGCAGUACUGCACCUACGUGAACAGGUACGGGCCCGGCAUGGUGAUCUACUGGUUCGGCUUCGUGUCCGACCUGAACACCGACCCGCUGGUGCUGCUGUGCGACGACUUUCCCGACCCCGACUGCAUCAUCAAGAUAACCGACACGGCAACAGCGAGCACCGUCAAGACCACUGCGAUGUCAGCGGCGGCCGCGGUCGCGGUCGCGGGCGGCAACAAGGUCGCCUCGGGUUCUGCAGCUAGCAAGGAGCUGGGCGGGAUGAGUGCCGGCAGCAAGCGCACGCCGGUACCGCCGGGGCCCGGAUCGAGCGGCGGAGCUGAGGAGUUGCCGGGCGUUGCUACCAGCCGUGGCGGUGUUGGCGUUGGACAGGAAAUGGGGCUGACCGCUGCAGCGAGCGAGCGCGGCCGGGAAGUCAGCGGGAAUGCUGUUCCCCAGGACAGAGCGGGAGAUGGUGGCAAAGCCUGCUCGGGUGGAAAGCGAGGAGCGCUGGCCGACGCAACAGGCGCGGCGGAAGCUGCAGAGCAGCCGGGUGCAGCUGCCGUUGCUGUUGCUGCAACAGCGCUGGCGGAGACGGUGACGGGUGGGGCUGUGCCGGCGGCGGCAACGGGUGCUGUGGUCCCACGCGCUGCUACGGCUACGGCUGCAGGAUGAGCGACCUCGGGCGCGGCGCGGAAUGCGGGGCAGCCCCUACGACAGGGCAGCCCCAUUCUGGGCGGCCACAUGACCCUCCUUAUCGGGCUCGCCUCCGCGUUCCUCCCUUUGCGCCGUUGCACUCUCCUCAUCUAGGCCGCAUCGACCCAGGCAGCCGAUCGGAGCCUCGCCUCCCUGCCCUUGCAACCCACAUCGCGACUUAACUCCCAAUACGAGGCCAUCAAGGCACCCCCAGCGGCUGCCGUGAGCAUGCAGCGUGCUGCGGUAACACGCGUCGCGCAGCUGAAGCCUUCGCUUACCCCCGCGCCCACCCACCAGCAGCAACAUGCUCUUGACCUGGCCAUUGCUCCUGUGUUUGAGGUGCAUAAUGCACGCUGCAAGAGCCGGGGCUUUGCUAGCCUCUGUGGCUUUGCAUGCGCCUCUGGCAGGCACUUUGACGCGGGGGCACGCAUGAGCCCUAUCCAGCGCACCACCGGCGCCGCCACUCCGGACGUGUGGCCCGUACGUGGCAAAAGGUUAUGCGGUGCCGCAUGGCGCGCACAUACGGUAUUCACUUUUGAGUCGGUUAUGGGACAGGGUUGGUGCUGGUGUGUAGGUUCUGUGGGUUGGAGUCGUAGGGCUGGUCUGGGCGGUCACCCGAGUGGAUGGGCGCACCGCUUGGGAGGUGCUGUGUGUUAUGCUGGCAGCUGAGUGGGUUAGCCAGAAGGUUGGUGUGCAGCCGAGCGGCGGUCCUUUGCCUGACAAGGUUUCUUGCGGGGUAGCAGCCGCCUGACGCCGCUGAAACGUGAUAGCAGGGGAGCAUGGAUGUUGCUGUACCUUUGUGUUCUGGCUGGUGUCAACGCGUCUUGGUUAUGAAUGGUAGUGCCAAGUCGAACUUUAACUACCAGUACCCCAUGGGGCUUCUAGAUCCUUCUGUCUGUAUGUGCGGACUAACGGUUCAAAUCAACCUACUCAUCACCGUGCCAGUAGGGUUAGAAUGGCCACUGCACUAGGGAGCAUGCAUGGCUGUGCGCCAUACUUCGUGGUCCUUACACCACCUUGGAAAACAAUGACACGACUCUUGCCGUUCGCGGUCAGCCCCCAGGCUCACCCAGGCACGUGGACCUCCACCGCUUGCCUCAGCUUGCUACCACUGAC